UGGAGACACCUGCCCCGCUGGGAAGCCCCUUGUCGCGCGUACCCGCGCUCACCUGUACCGGCACGGGACCACGCUGCCCCGGGACGGGCCGCUCCCUUCCUGUGGCUCAGGCCGCUGUCGCUUAGCUGGGAUCCGGGCGGCAGCCGCAGUUGCAGGAGGAGGAGCAGCUGGAGCUCUCCUGCAGCGGGUGCGUGAGGGGUCGGCUGCCCCAGAGAGCCGGAGAGCCAAAGCCCGGCGUGGGCGGCACGGGGCUGCCGGUGCCGCGGACCCCCGCUACCCCAGAGUUCUCAAAAGGAUGUAUCAUUCCAUCCAGUAUGAAGAUCACCAAAGUAUGAAAGCCCAUUCAGUACCUCAACAUCACAUGAAAGUAUUUCUAGACUCAUUAAGUAAUCAAGGACCAGAAGAAGUACAGCAGUUUGUGCAUUCUCCAAUCUCGGUAUACCAACAAGGAAAUCAUUAUAUAUACAUGGGCAGCACCGAUGUAGCAGGGCCUUUGUUAGAGUUAGUGCAUCCAGUUACAUCUCCUCUCCAACAUCCAGCACUAAGCUACUGUGGACCACUGGAGCAGCAGCAUAUUCAAGUGUGCCAUACACCGUCUCAACAAGGCCAUCAAAUAGAAAUGCAGCAAAAUCAUUUGUUCAAACAAGUACAACUGCAGAUAGACGCUCAGCCCUCCCCUGAAGGGCAAUUUAAUACAUCAACCUCUGUAUGUGAAAGAAGACUGUCAUGUAUUUCUCAACCUAUGAAGAAAAGGAAAAUUGACAUGUCAGUAGAAGAGAACUACAGUAAUAGUCAAGGUGCUCUGCAGAAUAUACCUAUUACUGUACUAACAAUGCCUACCAGUACCCAACAGCAGGCUUACAAUUCUCUUCAAGAACUGCUAACAGUAGAUAGCAAUCAACUGUAUGGGCUUGCACCUGCUACAGGAACAAAUGGUCAUCUGCCAGAUGUAGAAUCCUGGGCAGUUUGUCCUACUCAUGCAAUUUGCCCUGAAGCUCAGAAUAUGGUGAAUACCCCUGUUUAUCGGGAUGCCUGUGGUAUUAUUCAGAUCGGUGAAAUGGCUAUGAAUAUGACUAGCAUUAAGUUAGAAGAAAGCAAGGAUAAUAUUCAAUCUGUUUCAGAAGCUAGAAAGAGUAUUCAGGAGAGUCCUGUUCCUAGCACACCCUGUUUCCCAGUGCAGUGUGUAAAUAAGAAUGGAAAUAUGCACCUUCCUCUCACUGUACAGAGUGGAAAGAGGAUGUAUCAAUCCUCUGAAUACUGGGAUGAACAACAGAUGCAGGAUUCUCAAUCACUGCCACACUUGCAGAUACAGACUAAUUUAUAUCUUCCUUGCAAACUCAAACCAGAAGAAGGAGCUAAUUUCUGGAAGAACUGGGCACAAAUGAAAAAUGAGGCUGUAUGGAAAGAUGCUGGAAAAAACCCUCAGGGAUUUGGAAGAAGAAAACCAAUGACUUUUAGGGAAGAUGUCCUUUCAGUGCCAAUAGCAGAACUGAAUUAUGGGCUGUGCCUAAUGACCAAAGAAGCUAGAAAGGAAGAUGGUUCCUCUUAUGACGCAGACAUGUUGUAUUAUUUAUUUCUUUGUAUUCAAAAGUAUAUGUUUGACAAUGACAGAAUUGACAACAUAUUUGCUGAUCUUUAUUAUGUGAAGUUUUUGGAAAGACUUCAUGGAGUGAUGAAGGGAUGGUGUCCAAAAGUGAGCCCCUCUGGGUAUAUUCUGUCUAGCUGUAUCAUGGAGGAAAUGUUAUGGGAUUGCAAACAACUUGGAGCACAUUCUCCUGCUACUCUCCUGUUCACACUGAUGUAUUUCAACACUAAGUAUUUCAUAUUGAAAACUGUGGAGCAGCAUGCACAGCUAGCCUUUUCCAAAAUACUGAAGCAGACCAGGAAAAAUACAGGCAUCGGAAAGGACAAAUGUUCUAUAAUACGAUUCCUGAGGCUUUAUGGACAGAUUCUUGGAGGACGAAAAGAUGAGACUUAUGUGGAACAACCUGAAAACCCAGACAACCCUUUGCAGUGCCCCAUAAAAUUGUAUGAUUUCUAUUGCUUUAAAUGCCCCCAAGGUGUCAAAGGGCCAAGUGAUACCUUCUAUCUGGUCCCUGAACCAGUCGUGGCACCAAACAGUCCUAUCUGGUACUCUGCUCAGCCUGUGAAAGUGGAUGUGAUGGAGCAGAUGUUGACCAGAAUUCUGAUGGUCAAGGAGGUCCAAGAAGCACAUGCGAAGACCCAUAUAUCCGCAUAGCAACAAGGACAAAUGGAUAAGUUACAACAUUGCUCAUAUUACAAAGUUGUAAAUACAAUAUUUUUUUUCAUAAGGCACGGAAGACUGUCUGUAGCUAACACUUUCUUUUUACUAGAAGAUGACUGAAUGCUAUGAGUAAAUAGCCUUUAACAGUACCAAUUUGCUAAAUUCCAGAAAGUGGAUUUCCUAUUUUGUUCAUAUUUGUCUAAUUUAUACUAGCACUUAGAGGGACAGAUGUGGUUCUAGUACUAAUACUGUGAAAUACCAGCUAAAUCAGAGUCCCAAAAGUGUCAUUUUGAUUAAUUUAUAAGUACAUAGCUCCUUAAACUGAAUUGACAGUGGGAAGUGUAUACAAAUUCAGUUUUUAUCAUAGUCCUCAAUGGAAAUAGCGGUUACUGAAUAAUAUUCUUACAUUGUGACUUACUAAUAGUGCAAUGCAGGCAUAAUUUUUUCUAUAAAACAAGAGUGACUUAAAUUUUUUUUCCUCGUUAAAAGGAUGCUUCCAUGACUAGUCUAUUUGCAAAGGACAGACUUUGGAGAACUAGUACUUUGAGAGGAGUAGGAAAUCUAACAGCCUUAAAUGCCUUGUGGCUAAUAUUUGUAUAAGGUUGGACAGAUUACAUUAAAACAUUAACUUUAGUUAGCAGGGAAAGAAUUUACUUCACUUUCAAAAGCUGGGGCAAUAAAGACACCAGAAGCUCUGAGACUGUUCCUAUUUCUAGGUUGUGAAUAUGUGCAUCGAUACAUUUCUCACUACAUCCUUGACGCUUUAUUGGAAUCAACUGUGUAUGUACAGAAGGCUUGCAUAACACAGAUCUAUACAAAUUUACCUCAGUUCAGUAAUCUAGUGCCUUACCACAACCCAGCCACUUAAACAUUGUAGCAGUGGCUGUAAAGUAUCUUGUUGAUGUAAGUUCACCUUUUCCAGGGACAUUUUGUAUAUUUUUCACAUAAUACUGUAUAGAUCACCAGUAAGAAAAAUGGAGUUUGUUGGUGGAAGUAUUAUAGAUUAUGCUAUGUUAUAUUAUUUACAAACUCAAUACUAAUUGUCUUGAAAAUAAACUUUGCUUUUGA